AUGCUGGAGGAGGAUGAGUUGCUGAGGGGCAAGUACUUCAUGCUCGACCGGGUCGAUGUGCAUUGCACUUGGGUGUCCAAGGCGGUGCUGGAUUUGUUGCCGGAUCUCCCCGAUGAGGUGCCCGGGGGUGAGAUUGUGAGGACCCCCGGGAUGGGCGUAUUCUGCGACAACGCCAUGGAUCUGGUCAUAUCGCUGUGGCCCAAGCCGAGCAAGGAGCGGAAGAUGACGUUCGUGGCAUCGGCCAUGAAGGAGUUGCACAAGGUUGGCCUGGUUGGCAUGCAUGAUGCGGGCGCGCUGCCGGCAGAGAUCGCCAUGUUUGACGAGAUGAGCCGGACCGAGGACUGGACCCUCAGGGUGUAUUCUAUGCUGGAAUGCCCCGAGCGGAACUCCUUCUGCCCUGAUGAGGCGGUCAAGGUGGAGCAUCCCGAUGGUAUGCUCUCGGUCAGGAGUGUGAAGUUGUUUGCGGACGGCGCCCUUGGAAGCUGGGGCAGCGCCAUGAUCGAGCCGUACUCGGACCGCCCAGACACAUCAGGUUCGUUGCUUGUCAACGCCUCCACGCUCACCUCGCUCGCCCGGUCCUGGUCAGCCGCGGGCUUCCAAGUCAACAUCCACGCCAUCGGCGACCUGGCCAACCGACUCGCCAUCGACGCCCUCGAAGCCUCCCUACGAGAUCUCUGCCCCGAAGACCACAACGACCUCUCCGCCUGCCAGUCCCGCCACCGCUUCCGCAUUGAGCACUCGCAGAUCAUCCACCCGGCCGACCAGAAACGCAUGCACGACCUCGGCAUCAUCCCUUCCAUCCAGCCCACGCACGCCACCUCGGACAUGGCCUACGCCGCGCUGCGCCUGGGUGACGAGCGCACGCGCACCGAGGCCUACCGCAUGCGCUCGCUGCUGGACGUCAGUCCCAUCCUCGGCAGCGACUUCCCCGUCGAGCCGCCGAACCCCUUCGAGGGCAUCUACGCCGCCGUGACGAGGAAGAGCCCGCGCACGGGGACCGGGCCGCCGGGGUAUGAGGGGGGUUGGCAUCUCCAGGAGGCGUUGACGGUGAAGCAGGCGCUGGAUGGGUUUACGAGGAGCGUGGCGAGGGGGGCGUUUCUGGAUGGGAAGGCGGGGGUUAUUCGGGAGGGGGCGUUUGCGGACUGGAUUGUGCUGGAUGAGGAUAUUAUGGGCGUUGGGAAGGAGGAGUUGAGGAGUUUGAGGGUGAGGGAGACGUGGGUUGGGGGGAAGAGGGUGUAUGCGAGAGAGGCGGAGGCUGGGGAGAGGGAAAAGGAAAGGGAGGAUUUGUAG